AUGUUCUAUGUCAUUGGCCUCGGAUUGUGCGAUGAAAAGGAUAUCACUGUUCGGGGAUUAGAGGCAAUCAAAGGAUCCACGCGCGUUUACCUCGAAGCAUACACAAGCAUCCUGAUGGUGCAAAAAGAACGCCUGGAGGAGUUUUACGGCAAAGAGCUAAUUCUCGCGGACCGUGACAUGGUGGAGACACAGAGUGACGAGAUUCUGAAAGAUGCAGACAAGGAGGACAUAUCGUUGCUAGUCGUGGGCGACCCUUUCGGUGCAACAACUCAUACAGACAUCAUUCUACGCGCGCGGGCCCUGAAGAUCCCAACACGUGUGGUGCAUAAUGCAUCUAUCAUGAAUGCCAUCGGCGCAUGCGGACUGCAGCUUUAUAACUUCGGGCAAACCGUCUCUCUCGUCUUCUUCACAGACACGUGGAAGCCAGAUAGUUUCUACGAUCGGAUUGCGGAGAACUCGGUUCUCGGGAUGCACACCCUUGUGCUGCUUGAUAUCAAAGUGAAGGAGCAAAGCGAGGAAAACCUCGCCCGGGGCCGCAAAAUCUAUGAACCGCCACGGUUCAUGUCCAUCCCUACCGCCGUUUCCCAGCUGUGCGAGAUAGAGUCAAUGAGGAAAGGUGGAAUCCUCUCGCCUGCCUCGACCCUUGCAAUUGCUGUUUCGCGUGUCGGCGGCGGCGACGAGCAGCGCAUCGUUUGCGGCACGCUUGAUGAGCUUUCUCAGCAGCCGGAAGAGGUGUACGGCGAGCCAUUACACAGUCUGGUGAUUGUCGGUAAGAGACUGCAUCACCUCGAGGCAGAAUAUGCGGAAGCAUUUGCAGCCAGAGAUAGUAAAUGGCGCGAUGUUGCUAGCAGCAUAUACAAAUGUGAGUUUGACUAG